AUGAAUCCCACCUUGAAGAGGUUCUUUUUAUGCUUUGAUGCUAUGAAGAAAGGCUUUAUCAAUGGUUGUAGGCCAUUCUUAGGAAUUGAUCAUUGCCAUCUCAAGGGGCCAUUUAGGGGUGUUCUACUUGCUGCCAUUUCUCUUGAUGGCAACAAUGAUUUAUUUCCAGUUGCAGUCGCCAUUGUAGAGGUUGAAUGCAAGGAUAGUUGGCUAUUUUUCUUACACCAUUUAGAUGUUACAUUGGUUAGCAUAAUUGAUAAGCCACUUUGUAUUAUGUCUAAUCAGCAAAAGGGUUUAACUGAUGCAGUGGCUCAAGUUUUCACUGGAGCAAGUCAUAGGCUAUGUUGUAGGCAUAUAUAUAGUAAUUUCAAGGUUAAAUUUCUAGGCCUCAUGCUUAAGUUAGAUUUUUUGGCUACUGCAAAAGCGUAUAAUGAAUUUUUGUUUAACAAGUCUAUGCAAAGUAUAAGAGUGAAUAGUGAGGUAGCCUAUGUUUGGUUGAUGACUAAGCCUAAGGAAAUGUGGGCUAGACGUGCAUAUGAUCCAAAAAUUAAAAUUGACCAUGUAACUAAUAACAUGACAGAAUCAUUUAAUCAAUGGGUUAGGGACCUUAGAGCUAAACCAACUCUUACCAUGUUAUAUGGAAUUUGGAUCAACAUUAUGGGAAGACUAAAUAACAGGUCUGAGAAGGCCAAUACAUCGGAUUAUGUGGUUACUCCUAAGAUAAAGAAAACAUUGGAUUUGAUCCAACAAGAUUCGAGGUUUUGCAAGGUAAUAGUAGCUGGUGAUGAUAAGUACCAAGUUGUUGAUGGUUUUACUACAUUUGUAGUGAAUUUGAUUAUGAAGACAUGCGCUUGUGGUUAUUGGAAGAUAAGUGGGCUUCCAUGUAAGCAUGCAGUAGCAUGUAUUGUGCAUAAAAGGGCAAAUGUAGAAACUUAUUGUGAUGAAUACUUGACAAGGUUCACCUACCUAACAUAUGGUGAAAUCAUUCAUCUCUUACCUGAUUUGAAUGAUAUUAAUGCCAAUGAAGAUGUGGAGCCUCCUAUUCUUCAUAAGUUGCUUGGUAGACCAAGGAAAAAUAGGAGGACAGAGCUAGGAGAGCAACCAAUAGGUUUGAAUGUUGCUAGGAGGUUAAAUACAAUAAAAUGUCAAACUUGUAAAAGUUUUGGUCAUAACAAACGCACCUAUCAAAGAGAUUCAAUUGUAACAUGGAUUGGGGAAAGCUCUAGUGUAGGGGCAUGUGCUAAUGUGAUGAAUAAUGCUGUUGAAAAUGUUGUUGAGGUUGGUUUGGAUGCUACUACACAACAAAGUGUAAAUUUUGCUGUUGGUGGUAUGAAUGAGUUUACUUCAUUGGCUAAUGAUGAGCCUAGUGGAAGUGAUUAUGCUGCCUUUUGA